GGAAGAUGGGACAGAUACCAUUUAGGUAGAGGGUGGAAUUUGCUUCCUCUUACUAUCCCAGCUCUCUUCUCCUUGGCCUGGUGCAGGUGCCUGUUGGGUAAGCAGAGGGUGGGGGUUUCCCAUACCUCCCCAGAGAAGGUCUUAGUAGCCCCUGCCCCAGGCUUCCUAGUUCAGAACCUGAGUUUCCUACAGAGCAGAAAUAAGAAAGGAAGCAGGCCCGCUCCCAGCUCUGGCUCUCUGCCGUUCCACGUGCUCAUGGCCUCUCCCAGGCUAACACUAAGCAGUCAUGAGUCUGAGCCAGGUGGGAGAUUAAUUCUUGGGGGCACUUCAGGGCUGAGAAGGGGGAGGAAUGACAGGUGGAAGGCCACCAACAGAAAGGGGCAACUGCUAUCCUUGACAUUACUGUCCUCCUGGGAGACCAUGGCAUAGGUGGUAGGAGCCCAGGCUGAGAAUGACAGCCAAGGAGGGGACUGGGCAGGUUUGGCCUCUGCCAGCCCCUGGCUUCAUGCAGGCAGGCUUCAGCCUCUCUGGCUCCCCCUCAGCCCUCCCUAGCGCACAUGCACUUAAAAUUCCUGGCACCCACAUCCACCCACUCUGGACUUUGGCCUUUGCUGUAGCUAGUGUGGGAUCCUGGGAAAACUGGGAACAAAGUCUCUCAAACAAAAGAAAAGAAGAAGUUACAGGGUUCGUAGUACCUGCCAGCCUUCCCUAGAGGAGGUAAGUGGGACCUUGUGGGCUGGGUGCUAUAAGACUAGCUAGAUAUUGCACAUGUUAAUAGACAAGUCCUUAGGCUUUUAAUACGCUCCUUCCACGCUAUGCCGUUCUAUCCUCCACAGCUUGGAGGUGAGCCUGGUGGUGCCAACCCUACCUGGUAGGGGAGGAGACAUGCUCAGAGAUGCAGCAGGAUGCUCAGCAUCACACAGCAAGUUUGGGAGCCACCAAGACUAAAAUACAAGGCUUGUGGCUUGGCUCCUGUAGCUCAGGGCUAGGGCACCAGCCACAUAAACCAGAGCUGGCGGGUUUGAACCCAGCCCGGGCCUGCCAAACAACGACAACUACAUACAAAAAAACUAGCCAGGCAUUGUGGCAAGUGCCUGUAGUCCCAGCUACUUGGAAGGCUGAGACAAUAGAAUCGCUUAAGCCCAAGAGUUUAAGGUUGCUGUGAGCUGUGACGCCAUGGCACUCUACCGAGGGCGAUAUAAUGAAAUUCUGUCUCAAGAAAAAAAAUACAAAGCUUGUGGCACUGUAUGUGGUUCUAAAAACAAGACCCAGGUUACACUGAGUGGGUUUGGGUUUCCCUGGUGUUAGUGAGAGAGAAGGUACAACAGCAAGCAAGAAGCAGCCCUGCCCUCAGGCCAUGGGUCUGCAGACAGGGCCUCGCCCGGCCAGUGUUAGUCAUCAGCCACGGAUACAGGGUCCAUCCACAUCUUUGCUUUGCAUAGCUGAGCCAUAGUUUGGCAAUUGUCUGCCAAGCAGAUAAUUUCUCAGUCUGCUCAGACCACUACAGCUAGGGAGGAUAUUAGAGGCAAGGGCUUGAGGGCCAAAGUAAAUAGGACAAGUUUUCCUGCCCAGCCUAGGCUGCCACCUGCAGGUCACCUGGGCCCUGGCCAUGUGGCUGCCUCUGCUGCUGGGUGCCUUGCUCUGGGCUGUGCUGUGGUUGCUCAGGGACCGGCAGAGCCUGCCUGCCAGCAAUGCCUUCAUCUUCAUCACCGGCUGUGACUCAGGCUUCGGGCGCCUUCUGGCACUGCAGCUGGACCAAAGGGGCUUCCGGGUCCUGGCCAGCUGCCUGACUCCCUCAGGGGCAGAGGACCUACAGCGGGUGGCCUCCUCCCGCCUCCACACCACCCUGCUGGAUGUCACUGACCCCCAGAGUGUCCAGCAGGCAGCCAAGUGGGUGGAGACACACGCUAGGGAGGCAGGGCUUUUUGGUCUGGUGAAUAACGCUGGUGUGGCUGGUAUCAUCGGGCCCACACCAUGGCUAACACAGGACGAUUUCCAUCAUGUGCUGAAUGUGAACACGUUGGGUCCCAUCAGGAUCACCCUUGCCCUGCUGCCUCUGUUGCAGCAGGCACAAGGGCGGGUGAUCAACAUCACCAGUGUCCUGGGUCGCCUGGCAGCCAAUGGUGGGGGCUACUGUGUGUCCAAGUUUGGCCUGGAGGCCUUCUCCGACAGCCUGAGGAGGGACGUGGCUCCUUUUGGGGUACGAGUCUGCAUUGUGGAGCCUGGCUUCUUCCGAACCCCUGUGACCAACCUGGAGAGUUUGGAGAAGGCUUUGCAGGCCUGCUGGGCACAGCUACCUCCAGCCACACAGGCCUGCUAUGGGGAGGCCUUCCUUACCAAAUACCUGAAAGUGCAGAAGCGCAUCAUGAACCUGAUCUGUGACCCAGACCUAACCAAGGUGAGCAAGUGCGUGGAGCAUGCGCUGACUGCACGGCACCCCAGAACCCGCUACAGCCCAGGCUGGGACGCCAAGCUGCUCUGGUUGCCUGCCUCCUACCUGCCAGCCAGCCUGGUGGAUGCUGUGCUCACCUGGGUCCUUCCCAAACCUGCCCAGGCAGUCUACUGAACCCAGCCUUCCAGUAAGAGAUUAUUGUUCAAAGCAAGGACUUUCAUUUAUUUCUGUCCCAAACCCCACUAACCGCCUGGUACCUGACACAAAAUGGGUACUCAAUAAAAGUGUAUUGUU